AAAUAGCCCCGGAGGCGGGGCGGAGCCUGAGCCGCACCGCCCUCCCAGAAGUCUUUGGGAAGCGGCCCCACGCCUCAGGCGACUGGUUGUUACCGAGGAAGAUGGCGGCGCCGGACCCGAGGCGCUAGGGAAGAUCGCACCGCGGACGCCCGCUGGGCUUGGCGCACGGGCCGACCAGGAGCUGGUAACUGCCCUUAUGUGUGAUUUGCGGCGACCAGCGGCAGGUGGGAUGAUGGACUUGGCCUACGUCUGUGAGUGGGAGAAAUGGUCCAAGAGCACCCACUGCCCAUCGGUGCCCCUGGCCUGCGCCUGGUCCUGCCGAAAUCUCAUCGCCUUCACCAUGGACCUGCGCAGCGAUGACCAGGACCUGACCCGCAUGAUCCACAUCCUGGACACGGAGCACCCCUGGGACCUGCACUCCAUCCCCUCAGAGCACCGCGAGGCCAUCACCUGCCUGGAGUGGGACCAGUCAGGCUCCCGGCUCCUGUCAGCAGACGCGGAUGGGCAGAUUAAGUGCUGGAGCAUGGCGGACCACCUGGCUAAUAGCUGGGAGAGCUCUGUGGGCAGCCUAGUGGAGGGGGACCCCAUUGUGGCCCUGUCCUGGCUGCACAAUGGUGUGAAACUGGCCCUGCACGUGGAGAAGUCGGGCGCCUCCAGCUUCGGGGAGAAGUUCUCCCGAGUCAAGUUCUCACCGUCGCUCACGCUGUUCGGCGGCAAGCCCAUGGAGGGCUGGAUUGCGGUGACGGUCAGCGGCCUGGUCACCGUGUCCCUGCUGAAGCCCAGCGGGCAGGUGCUGACGUCCACCGAGAGCCUGUGCCGGCUGCGCGGCCGCGUGGCCCUGGCCGACAUCGCCUUCACCGGCGGCGGUAACAUCGUGGUGGCCACGGCGGACGGCAGCAGCGCGUCGCCCGUGCAGUUCUACAAGGUGUGCGUGAGCGUGGUGAGCGAGAAGUGCCGUAUCGACACGGAGAUCCUGCCCUCCCUGUUCAUGCGCUGCACCACCGACCUCAACCGCAAGGACAAGUUCCCGGCCAUCACCCACCUCAAGUUCCUGGCCCGGGACAUGUCAGAGCAGGUGCUUUUGUGCGCGUCCAGCCAGACCAGCAGCAUCGUGGAGUGCUGGUCCCUGCGCAAGGAGGGACUCCCCGUGAACAACAUCUUCCAGCAGAUCUCCCCCGUGGUUGGCGACAAACAGCCCACGAUUCUCAAAUGGCGGAUCCUGUCGGCCACCAACGAUCUGGACCGUGUGUCGGCCGUGGCGCUGCCCAAGCUGCCCAUCUCGCUCACCAACACUGACCUCAAGGUGGCCAGCGACACACAGUUCUACCCUGGCCUCGGGCUGGCCUUGGCCUUCCACGACGGCAGUGUCCACAUCGUGCACCGGCUCUCACUGCAGACCAUGGCCGUCUUCUACAGCUCUGCAGCCCCGAGGCCUGUGGAUGAGCCGGCCAUGAAGCGCCCCCGCACCGCGGGCCCCGCCGUCCAUUUGAAGGCUAUGCAGCUGUCAUGGACGUCACUGGCCCUGGUGGGCAUUGACAACCAGGGGAAGCUGAGCGUGCUCCGCCUCUCACCCUCCAUGGGCCACCCGCUGGAGGUGGGGCUGGCGCUGCGGCACCUGCUCUUCUUGCUGGAGUACUGCAUGGUGACUGGCUACGACUGGUGGGACAUCCUGCUGCACGUGCAGCCCAGCAUGGUACAGAGCCUGGUGGAGAAGCUGCACGAGGAGUACACGCGUCAGACCGCUGCCCUGCAGCAGGUCCUCUCCACCCGGAUCCUGGCCAUGAAGGCCUCGCUCUGCAAGCUGUCGCCCUGCACGGUGACCCGCGUGUGCGACUACCACACCAAGCUCUUCCUCAUCGCCAUCAGCUCCACCCUGAAGUCGCUGCUGCGCCCUCACUUUCUCAACACGCCUGACAAGAGCCCCGGCGACCGGCUGACCGAGAUCUGCACCAAGAUCACCGACGUCGACAUUGACAAGGUCAUGAUCAACCUCAAGACGGAGGAAUUUGUGUUGGACAUGAACACACUGCAGGCGCUGCAGCAGCUCUUGCAGUGGGUGGGCGACUUCGUGCUGUACCUGCUGGCCAGCCUACCCAACCAGGGUUCCCUGCUGAGGCCGGGCCACAGCUUCCUGCGGGACGGCACCUCGCUGGGCAUGCUUCGGGAAUUGAUGGUGGUCAUCCGCAUCUGGGGCCUUCUGAAGCCCAGCUGCUUGCCCGUGUACACGGCCACCUCGGAUACCCAGGACAGCAUGUCCCUGCUCUUCCGCCUGCUCACCAAGCUAUGGAUCUGCUGUCGCGAUGAGGGCCCAGCGAGUGAGCCGGACGAGGCGCUGGUGGAUGAGUGCUGCCUCCUGCCCAGCCAGCUGCUUAUCCCCAGCCUGGACUGGCUGCCCGCCAGCGAUGGCCUGGUCAGCCGCCUGCAGCCCAAGCAGCCCCUUCGUCUGCAGUUCGGCCGGGCGCCCACGCUGCCUGGCAGUGCUGCCACCCUGCAGCUCGAUGGCCUCGCCAGGGCCCCAGGCCAGCCCAAGAUCGACCACCUGCGGAGGCUGCACCUUGGCGCUUGCCCCACGGAGGAAUGCAAGGCCUGCACCAGAUGCGGCUGUGUCACCAUGCUCAAGUCGCCCAACAGGACCACGGCGGUGAAGCAGUGGGAGCAGCGCUGGAUCAAGAACUGCCUGUGUGGUGGGCUCUGGUGGCGGGUGCCCCUCAGCUACCCCUGAGCCCAGCUGCCCCUCAGCUACUCAGCUACCCCUCAGCCUGGCUGCUGCAAGAGCCACCGUUCGCCCUGGACUCCUCGGUGCGGUUAACCUCAGCCCGCCCUGCAGGGCUGUUGAAGGCCGUGGGCCGGACGCCUGCAUGACCAGCAGAGCUUCUGAGGAAGCCCCUGCCUUUGUCCAGCUGGGCCCGUGGUCCACACACCACCCUCCCAGGACCCCCAGAUCCCUGGAUCCCCAGAUCCCUGGACCGUCUGCAUCCAGAGGACCGUCCGUGAUGGCCGGGGGUCCAGGCGGACCUUGUGACCUGGCUCAGGCGUCUCCUCGGUUUCCUUGCCUCAUCCGCGGAGAGCGCUGAACCUGGACAAGCAGCGGCUGGGAAGGACAGGUCCAAUAAACUCCCUCUGCGCCCAGGCCCACGUACCUGCCGUCAGUGCCCCCGACCCCACCCACGACCUCAAUUUGGUGCCGGGAGCCUGUGUCCUCUUGGCCUGUCUUUAAAUCCUUCACCAUUUAUGGGGCACCUAGUGGAUGCCGAGUCCAGGGGUAUCCAAAGUGGAGCAGUGGGGACAGGACACAGCAGGCCGGUGGAUGGGAUGGGGCGGCCAUCGUCAGGGUGGCUUCUGUCCAGGCAUCUGCCUCUCAGUGUGUUGUCUGCCUGUCUAUAUACUGUCUCUGCGUGCUCUCCUUGUCUCUGCGUGUCUCUGGUAUCUCUGCACUUCUCUGUGUAUGGUCUGUGUGUGUGUGCGUCUCUGCAUGCUGUUUCUGUGUUUCUGCCUGACUCUGUCCCUGUUGUGUUUCUCCAGCUGCUCUCUGCUGGAGGUUGCUUAGCCCCUGGGCCAAGUUUCUGCCGUUUCUGUUGCUGUCCCCAGGGGUCCCGCCUUCCGGGACUACCGGCAUCCGCCACCACACCCGGCUAAUUUUUUUGUAUUUUUAGUGGAGAUGGGAUUUCACCGUGUUGGCCAGGAUGGUCUCAAUCUCCUGACCUUGUGAUCUGCCUGCCUCGGCCUCCCAAAGUGCUGGGAUUACAGGCGUGAGCCACCGCGCCUGGCCCAUCAGUCUCUUUUUCUACGAUAGCGUCUGGCUGCCCCUCCACCAGGUGGGAGAAAGGGCACAGGGCCUCAGGUGUCCUCCCUGGCCUUGCCAAGAAGAGUGACCUGAGGUCCAGGGCCUCCAGCAGGUGCCGCUGCUCGUCGUCCUGCUGUGGGUCUGGCCGCACCCAGGGUGGUUUGUGAAGGCAGGCUCCGUGGCUCUGGGCUCCAGUCCAGGCUGUGUCCUGGAGCUUCUGUGUAAUGUCAGGAGAGUCACACAGCCCCUGUGAGCCUCAGUUUCCCCUUAUGCGAUAUGGGUCAUAAGAACAUGGCCUCGCAGGGUUUCUGUGCACCUGAGUCUUAGCCCACAGCCUUGCACACAGAAGACGCUCACAUCCCCCUUGGUAAGCAGAGGGAAACGAUAUGAGCCAGACCAGGAGGGGACACCUAUGCCUGGCGGGCGGGCGUGCGUGUGUGUGUGUCCCUUCUCCGACUUCCAGGGAAGAGCAAGGGUGCCGCCGUGUGGCCGCGUCAGCCCCACGGAAGCGCUGGACCCGUAACUUGGCUGUAUUUUCAGUUCUUGCGCUUUUAUCUGUAGCUUCCCGCCUUCCUCUCUUUUUAAUGUUUCUGUUUUUGUUUUGAGACAGAGUCUCGCUUUGUCACCCAGGUCGGAGUGCAGUGGUGCGAUCUCAGCUCACUGCAACCUCCGCCUCCCGGGUUCAAGCGAUCCUCCUGCCUCAGCCUCCUGAGUAGCUGGGGCUACAGGUGCCCGCCACCAUGCUCAGCUAAUUUUUUUUGUAUUUUUAGUAGAGACGGGGUUUCACCACGUUGGUCAGGCUGGUCAGGAACUCCUGACCUCAAAUGAUCCGCCCGCCUCGGCCCCCCAAAGUGCUGGGAUUACAGGCGUGAGCCACCACGCAGAAUUUUUUUUUUUUUUUUUUUUUGGAGAGAGAGACAAGGUUUCACUCUGUUGCCCAGGCUGGAGGGCAGUGGUGCAAUCACAACUCACUGCAGCCUCAACCUCCUGGGUUCAAGUCAUCCUCCCACCUCAGCCUCCUGAGUAGCUGCAACCACAGGCACCCACCUCCAUGUCCGCCAAUUGCCCAGCUAAUUUUUUAUUUUUUUGUGGAGAUGGAGUCGCGCUACGUGGCCCAGGCUGAUCUCGAACUCCUGAGAUCCAAUGAUCCUCCCACCUCGGCCUCCCCCUCUGCAUAUAGUAGGUGCUCAAUAAAGACCAACCAGAUGCA